UCGCCGGCUGUGAGGCAUAUAAAAGGAAUUCAGGCAUUUCUCAGACAAGGAAAUUUUUCCGUUUCCUUCACGACUGGUGGUUACCGGAGCUCCCCAAAUUAAGGACUUGGGAUAUAUUUCUACCAGUGUCCCAACAGGCAGUCAAUCAAGCUUUCACAAAAUUCAGCUCCAGCCUUAACGCCACCUGCCAGCCACACUGUGUAACCAAGCCCCGGAAGCCUUCAGCCAUGAUGCAGAUCAGCAGCGACUCGGCCGCCAACAAGCACUCCCUCCUUAACGUCAUGCACCGCUUCAUCGCGGCGGCCAAUAACAUGGACGAGACCAUCAUGGUGCCGAGCCUUCUGCGAGACAUGCCCCUGGAGGAGCAGGCGGCCAGCCAGACGGAACCCAACAACAACAACAACAACUACAAUAACCACCACCCCGAUCAUGACGAUGUGCAGUGUCCCAGCAAGCAGCAGAGGGACAUGUACGAGCACUACCUGCUCCUCAAGUCUAUAAAGAAUGACAUGGAGUGGGGUCUGCUCAAGCGGGAGAUGAGCAGCGGUGCCAGCUUUCUCGAGAUGGCUGUCAAGCAGGAGGAACAGCAGCAGAAGACCAUCCCGGGGGCGCUGCCCCUGGACGACAACGCCGACCUGGAGCGCCAGUUUCACUUUCAUCUGCGCGGACUCUUUGGUGUUCUGUCCAAACUCACCUUGCAGGCAGACCACCUCACCAACCGAUACAAGCGAGAGAUCGGUGGUGGAAACUUUAUGAGAUAGAAAGCACCUUUUUUUUUCUCCUUGUCCUGCUCCUCAUAGCCUUUCUUCCUCCUCCCUCGGGACUGCUUGACGUGAUGGGAAAUGUCACGGGAAUUCUCUUGGCAACGGAGCGGGGCCGUCAGCACUCCAUGUCCUCCCCGUCUCCCUCCCUCCCUUCCUCCCGACAUAAACCGGUGACGCCUGCGGCACGUUGUCGUCCUGCCUAAGGAGGACUCCCAUUUUGAGUGCUUGGUGGAGGUUUAACUGUCCUGAUGAAGCACAGCAGAUCUGCUUUGUGCCCACUGCAGAUUCCCCCAUGAAUUUAUGUGCGAAUAAAAGGUUUGACUGUAGGAGAAAUUGAAUGCUGGUUAUUCUGUCCCUCCUUUUUUUUUUUUUUGUAAUUUAAUUUUAAAAUAUGUUACUGCUGAGCUUGAAGGGCUCCCUUCACUUCAGUGUGACUGCAACUUGGCGUGCCUUGACUGUUUUGGGCCCUGUUAAUUUGCAUCCCUUUUGUCUAAUUGCUCAAAUGCUUCGACAAGGUCUUACAGCUCAUCUUAUUUGUCCUCAAAUGUAUUUUAUAUUGUGCAAUUGAAUAAAUAAAUAAUUGUGACCUUUU